GUUUUCUCCUAUCCAAUCAGGUGGAAUGUUUGACAGGCACAUGGUUUAUACAGCUCAAAAUAACUUGGGACCUGUGAGCUGACAAAUGCUCUGGCUCCGGUGGUGACAGGUUGUCCAGCUUCUUACAGCCAUCUUCACUGAAACUAAGGUUAACUCCUCACUCUCUAUGGACGGCUACUUUCUAUUUCCAAGAGCGUGAAGAAUUUUCUUUUUCUCCUGUGCAUUCAUCUAAAAGUUCUCCUUGGAUAACUAUCAUCACAGUGGAGUGCCUGGGUUGGACAUCCUCAUCUGGGUCAACUAAAAAAAGAAAGCAUGCAAGACGACAGCAUAGAAGCUUCUACUUCCAUUUCUCAGCUCCUCAGAGAGAGCUAUUUAGCAGAAACCAGACAUCGGGGAAACAAUGAGAGGAGCCGAGCAGAGCCUUCUUCCAACCCUUUCCAUUUUGGCAGUCCUUCUGGAGCUGCAGAAGGAGGAGGAGGCCAAGAUGACCUUCCAGAUCUUUCAGCUUUUCUGAGCCAAGAAGAAUUAGAUGAAAGUGUCAAUCUGGCAAGACUGGCGAUCAAUCAUGACCCUUUGGAGAAAGCAGAUGAAGCUCAAGCUAGAAAACGUCUUUCUUCUGAUCAGAUGAAACACCCAUCGAAAUCAAGUUUUGAUCCUAACUUCCGCCAGGAUAACUCUCCAAGUCCUACCAGCUCUAUCGAGAGCCCUCAAGAGGCAACGAGGCCACAGUAUAGUUCUGAGGCUCAGUCCAAAAAACUAUUCUUAAAUAAGGCUGCUGAUUUUAUUGAAGAGCUGUCCUCCCUUUUCAAAGCCCAUAGCUCCAAAAGGAUUAGACCCCGGGCCUGCAAAAACCACAAGAGCAAGUUGGAAUCUCAAAACAAAGUUAUACAGGAAAAUAGCUCCAGUUUCUCAGCUCUAUCAGAAAAAAGAGAAAGAUCAUCUGUUCCCAUUCCCAUCCCUACAGAUACUAGAGAUAACGAAGUGAAUCAUGCCCUUGAACAGCAGGAAACCAAGCGGCGUGAGGCUGAGCAGGCUGCCAGUGAGGCAGCUGGUGGAGACACCACCCCAGGGUCUUCACCGUCAUCCUUGUACUAUGAAGAACCUCUGGGGCAACCUCCCCGAUUCACUCAAAAGUUAUGGAGCAGAGAAGUUCCAGAAGGAACCAGAGUACAGUUGGAUUGCAUAGUGGUAGGAAUUCCACCACCUCAAGUAAGGUGGUAUUGUGAAGGCAAGGAGCUUGAAAAUUCCCCAGAUAUUCAUAUUGUCCAGGCGGGAAAUCUGCACUCACUGACCAUUGCUGAAGCCUUUGAAGAGGACACAGGACGCUAUUCCUGCUUUGCUUCCAACAUCUAUGGGACAGAUUCAACUUCUGCUGAGAUUUAUAUAGAAGGGGCUUCUUCUUCUGACUCAGAAGGGGACCCUAACAAGGAAGAGAUGAAUCGAAUCCAGAAGCCAAAAGAGGUGUCACCCCCUCCCACUACUUCUGCAGCCAUUCCUUCAGCAGUACCCCAAGCCCAGCAUGUGGUGGCCCGGCCGAGUGUAUCAACCAUCCAACAGUGUCAGAGCCCUACUAACUAUUUGCAAGGAUUGGAUGGAAAACCUAUCAUUGCAGCUCCGGUGUUUACAAAGAUGUUACAAAAUUUAUCAGCCUCGGAGGGUCAGCUGGUCGUCUUUGAAUGCAGAGUGAAAGGAGCUCCAUCUCCUAAAGUUGAGUGGUACAGAGAAGGGACCUUGAUAGAAGAUUCCCCAGAUUUUAGAAUCUUACAGAAAAAACCUCGAUCCAUGGCAGAGCCAGAGGAGAUUUGUACUCUGGUCAUUGCUGAGGUAUUUGCAGAAGACUCUGGGUGCUUCACAUGUACUGCAAGCAACAAAUACGGCACAGUGUCAAGCAUCGCACAGCUGGAUGUGAGAGGAAAUGAAGACCUCAGAAAUAAUGGGUCUCUUCACUCAGCCAACUCCAUCACCAACCUGGCUGUGAUUGAGCAGCAGCCAUCCCCACCCAACCCACAGCCUCCUUCUGUGGAACAACCCCCUAAACCCAAACUCGAAGGGGUUCUGGUGAACCACAACGAGCCCCGGUCCAGCUCAAGAAUCGGGCUCCGCGUACACUUCAACCUUCCUGAAGAUGACAAGGGAAGCGAAGCGUCUCCUGAGGGUGGCCCGGUGACUGCCAACCAGACCAGGCCUGAUUCUUUCCUGGAGAGAUUCAGUGUGCAGCCAGCAAAACUCCCGGAGCCUUCCUCACCUGUCAAAGAGCCCCCUCCAGUCCUGGCCAAACCCAAACUCGACUCCAGCCAGCUCCAGCAGCUUCACAACCAGGUCCUGCUGGAACAGCAGCAGCUGCAAAACCCAUCUCCUUCGUCUCCUAAGGAGUUUCCUUUCAACAUGAGUGUAUUGAACUCCAUUGCUUCCCCAGCAGGGACAAUGCCCAGCAAGCCUGCGAAGACCCCCUCACCGCAGACGUUCAGCCUGGCCCGGCCCAAGCAUUUCUUCCCCUCCACGAAUUCCAACACCGCCAUGGCAGCCGCGGCCCCUGCCAGCUCCCCAGUGUUCACCCUGAGCAGCACUCCUCAAACCAUGCAGAGGACAGUGAGCAAAGAAAGCCUCUUACUUUCUCACCCCUUCGUGCAAACCAAAUCUCUAGGAGGAGUUUCCGUCCAGAACGAGCCACCCCCUCCAGGUCCAACGGAGCCAGCACAACCGCCACUCUCAUUUCCCAUCGCGGGCGGACACCAGUUUCAGCCCCGCUGUGUGUCUCCAAGUCCUGUCUCUCCCACCAGCCGGAUUCAGAACCCUGUGGCUUUCCUCAGCUCCGUCCUGCCUUCUCUCCCUGCCAUCCCACCCACCAAUGCCAUGGGGCUGCCCAGAAGUGCACCAUCCACGCCAUCCCAGGGACUAGUGAAGAAAAAUACGAAGUCUCCCCAGCCAGUGAAUGAUGAUUACAUUCGUGAAGCUAAGAAUGCAGUGAUUCUAGACUUGGGGAAAAAAAUGAAUUUCAGUGAUGUCAGAUCAAACCAGCAGGAGUACAAAAUUUCAAGCUUUGAGCAGAGACUGAUGAAUGAAAUAGAAUUUCGCUUGGAACGUACCCCUGUGGAUGAGUCUGAUGAUGAAAUCCAACAUGAUGAGAUCCCCACGGGCAAGUGUAUUGCUCCCAUCUUUGACAAAAGACUCAAGCACUUUCGAGUCACAGAAGGCUCUCCAGUCACAUUCACCUGCAAAAUUGUUGGAAUACCUAUCCCAAAGGUCUACUGGUUCAAAGAUGGGAAGCAGAUUUCAAAGAGAAACGAGCACUGCAAAAUGAAGCGAGAAGGAGACGGGACAUGUUCUCUGCACAUCGAGUCCACCACCAGUGAUGACGACGGCAACUACACCAUCAUGGCUGCCAACCCCCAGGGGAGAAUCAGCUGCUCUGGCCACUUAAUGGUACAAAGUUUGCCUAUUCGCAGUCGACUAACAUCUACUGGUCAGUCUCACAGAGGAAGGUCCCGAGUGCAAGAAAGAGACAAGGAGCCCCUACAGGAACGCUUUUUCCGACCACAUUUCCUGCAGGCUCCUGGGGAUAUGGUAGCUCAUGAGGGGCGCCUCUGUCGGCUCGACUGUAAGGUGAGUGGCUUACCACCCCCAGAUCUGACGUGGCUGCUCAAUGGCCAACCUGUGCUACCAGAUGCCUCCCACAAGAUGCUGGUCAGGGAGACUGGAGUCCACUCUCUGCUCAUUGACCCUCUCACUCAACGUGAUGCGGGGACCUACACGUGUGUUGCUACCAACAAAACCGGACAGAAUUCCUUCAGUCUGGAGCUCACUGUAGUAGCCAAAGAGGUGAAGAAAGCACCUGUGAUCCUGGAGAAACUGCAGAACAGCGGGGUUCCCGAGGGCCACCUGGUGCGGCUGGAGUGCCGGGUGAUAGGCAUGCCGCCGCCCGUGUUCUACUGGAAGAAGGACAAUGAGACCAUUCCUUGCACCAGAGAGAGAAUCAGUAUGCACCAGGACACGACGGGGUAUGUCUGCCUCCUCAUUCAGCCAGCCAAGAAAUCAGACGCCGGAUGGUACACACUAUCAGCAAAGAACGAAGCCGGAAUCGUGUCGUGCACUGCUAGGCUGGAUAUAUAUGCUCAGUGGCACCAGCAGAUCCCACCGCCCAUGUCCAUCCGGCCCAGUGGCAGUCGCUAUGGAUCUCUCACCAGUAAAGGACUUGACAUUUUCUCUGCCUUCUCCUCCAUGGAAAGCACAAUGGUGUAUUCGUGCUCUUCUCGCAGUGUGGUGGAGAGUGAUGAACUUUAAGGAGGUCUGGGUGCCUGCUGUGUAAGGGGGCAGACUGUGGAGAGGGAAGGAGGGUAAGCCAGAACCAGUGUUUCCCAAGCAACUGGAUCUGAGUAAGUUCCCACACUGCUGGGCCUGUGGCCAGGAGUGCUUUGUGUAAAUCCACUGCGGACUCUUGCAGUCUCCGCUGGGGAAGAGCUGUGGGGCUGUGCCUUUUAAAGAUUCCAACAAAAAUGUGAGAAGACAAGAACAGAUGAACCAAAGAUGUCAUGCCGCUGCCACCCACCGCUUUGGGGGAAAGCUAGCAUGCUCCCCUGCCCCAUGCUGGGUUAGGGAUGUUUAGACCCUACUAGGAGCAAUUAGGGGCCAUAUAUGCUUGGGCUGAGAAGAGUUAAACAGUAGUGACCUUAGGUAUCACUAACUCACCAAAUAAUAAAAAGGAAAAAGAUGGGAGGUCUCCAUCACCUUUCAUUGAUUACAUCCAUAGCUAGCUUUAGUUUCGGUGGCUUCAUUAAGUCAGCUUCUACUUAGCAUUAGGAGAUCGUGCCAUGCAACUCACACAUGUGGAGAAGCAUUUUUGCUUAUCCUGGGUGUACUGAGCCACAAAAUAAGGUGCCAAAAUGUGCUUGAGAUACAAAAUCACUGAGACACUCGAUAUUGCACAAGUGCACUUAUUCUAUAGCCAAAACAGGGCUCCACCCACCUGUCUGCACCAUUUUCUUUUGGAUACAAUGGUGAGUGGAAUUUAUAUAUCCCUAGACUCUAGAACAGUGGUUCUCAACCUUCUGGCCCUUUAAAUACAGUUCCUCAU